AGACUAAAAACAGUUAUUAAACGAUUUUGUAAGCAGUCAACUCUGCAUUUGUGACCACAAUUUAAAUACAUAAUUGAUUGCGACGAAAAUCGUGUGUGGCUAUAUAAAGUGCGUGUAAAGCGCAUUUGAACUUCAAAAAAGUAUUAACAAAACAAAGGACGCACAAUGCCGAUGGCCAAAAUGGAUAGUUUCCUGAAGUACGCCAACUUCUUCUACACGGCAGUUGGAAUUGAACCUUAUACAAGAGUUUCACGCAAAAGUGCGCCCAGCAUAUGGAUUAGUUUUGUCUUCUGGUCGAACAUUAUAAAUCUAAGUUUGGUGCUUUUGGGUGAGACUGUCUAUGUGCUGAUUUCCUUUGCCACUGGCGAACACAUCGUGGAAGCCAUCAUGGUAAUGUCCUACAUUGGCUUCGUGCUCGUCGGGAUGAACAAAAUGGCAUUUGUUUGGUGGAAGAAAGAAUCGCUGAGUGGCAUAAUGCAUCAAUUGGAGGAGCUCUUUCCACGCACGAAGGAGACUCAGUCAGAGUAUCAAUUGGAUAGAUAUCUGGAGAGUUGCUCUCGCCUGAGUUUGACCUUCUCGCUACUUUACUCUGUGCUCAUCUGGACUUAUAAUCUGUUCAACAUUGCGCAGUACUUGGUCUACGAAUUGUGGCUCAAGACACGCAUCGUCGGACUCACUCUUCCCUAUAUGAUGUAUAUCCCUUGGCACUGGGAAGGAAAUUGGUCCUAUUAUCUGCUGCUCUUCUCGCAGAACUUUGCUGGCUACACUUCGGCAGCUGGACAAGUUUCAACGGAUCUCUUGCUCUGCGCUGUGGCCACUUUGAUCAUCAUGCACUACGAUUAUCUGGGCAGGAUUAUAGAGUUUAAGCAGCUCACUGGAGAUUGGUCGCAAGAUUCGCGUUUCCUGGCACAAGUUGUGCAAUAUCAUGAGCGUCUUUUGAGCUUGUCAGCGGAACUAAAUGAGAUCUUUGGUGUGCCGCUGUUGCUCAACUUUCUCAUCUCUUCGUUUGUCAUCUGCUUUGUGGGCUUUCAAAUGACAAUCGGAGUGCCGCCUGAUCUGAUGAUCAAGUUGCUCUUGUUCUUGGUCUCCUCUCUGUGUCAAGUGUAUUUGAUUUGCCAUCACGGACAACUGAUUGCCGAUGCAAGCUCUGGCAUUGCUUUGGCUGCCUAUAAACAAGAUUGGAACUUCGCUGAUGUCAGAUAUCGCAAGACUUUGGUCUUUAUCAUUGCUCGCUCCCAAAAACCAGCUUUUCUCAAAGCAACUGUUUUCAUGCAGAUCACCAGAGGCACAAUGACUGAGUUGCUGCAAUUGUCCUACAAAUUCUUUGCUCUGCUGCGUACCAUGUAUGCCAAGUAAACUUGACUAUAUACCAAAGAACAAACAAAAAACCUGGCAUUGUAUUUCAAUUUCUAUGUAAUUUAUUUUUUGUAUUUCAUACUUUUAGUCAUAUUUUAUUUGCAAAUGCUUUUUAAAGUAACUAAAUACUUCAUUUGCAUUAAGCAAUAAAUCUUGCGGCAAAUGUCAAUA